AUGAAGGAAGUAGAGCGGCGGGACGUGCUCUGUACUCAGAUGAAACCCUUCAUCAUCAGCCACUCAGACAUGAGCCACCUCAGGCCGCCAUCUUUCAUCAGGGCUCUCGAGAAUCCUGAACUUCUCGUGGCAACGCUGUUCUCAUCGGAGGAAGCGCAGCAGCGGCCGUGUACCUCCUGCCACCAGGAGCUGCAGCUGCACUGCCGGCGCUCUUGCCUAAUUGGAGGGGAACAAAAAGACCUCUGUGGCUUCCUCCACGGCGGAAAUCCAGAUAAUCCCGAGCCGGGUCCCCGGCCUUGCGUGCUCUCCCUGCCUGCCUACUUCAGCCCUUACAACGACGGCUCCCUGGGCAACGAUGAGCGAGCCGAUGCCUACGCCCAGCUGGAGCUCCGGACACUGGAGCAGUCCUUGCUGGCCACCUGCGUUGGGAGCAUCUCUGAACUGAGUGAUUUGGUCUCCCGAGCUAUGCAUCACAUGCAAUGCCACCAUCCUCUGUGCCCAGGCACCAGUCCAGCCCGCCAGGCCCGCCAGCCGCAGCAGCCCAUCACUUGGUCUCCUGAUGCCCUCCACACUCUCUACUAUUUCCUGCGCUGCCCACAGAUGGAGUCCAUGGAGAAUCCCAACCUGGACCCACCAAGAAUGACCCUGAACAAUGAACGGCCCUUCAUGCUUCUCCCUCCCCUGAUGGAGUGGAUGCGGGUGGCCAUCACCUACGCGGAACACCGGCGCAGCCUGACCGUGGACAGCGACGACAUCCGGCAGACGGCCAGACUGCUCCUGCCCGGCCUGGACUGUGAGCCCCGCCAGUUAAAGUGGGAGCCAGUCCUGCGUGUCCGGGCUGGAGAGAGGAAGCGGCCUUGCAUCGUGGCCGUGACGGAGCCCCCGGAAAACAGGGGCGUCGGGAUGACCCCACUCAUGUACGCCUGUGCUGCCGGGGACGAGGCGAUGGUGCAGAUGCUGAUCGACGCCGGCGCCAACCUGGACAUCCCAGUCCCGAGCAGUUCUCCCCGAUACCCCUCCGUGCACCCCGACAGCCGCCACUGGACCUCGCUGACGUUCGCCGUGCUGCACGGGCACAUCUCGGUUGUUCAGCUGCUCCUCGACGCCGGCGCCCACGUGGAGGGCUCUGCAGUCAACAGUGAGGAGGAGAGCUAUGCCGAGACGCCCCUGCAGCUGGCCUCUGCAGCAGGGAACUAUGAGCUAGUCAGUUUAUUGCUGAGCCGGGGAGCCGACCCUCUCCUGAGCAUGCUAGAAGCCACCUCCUCGCUCCAUGAAGAUAUGAACUGCUUCAGCCACUCAGCAGCCCAUGGGCACAGAAACGUCCUGAGAAAGCUCCUGACCCAGCCACAGCAGUCCAAGGCUGAUGUCCUGUCCCUGGAGGAGAUCUUGGCUGAGGGUGUGGAGGAGAGCGACACGUCCAGUCAGGGCAGCAGUAGUGAGGGCCAGAUUCGGCUCUGCAGGACCAGGAUGAAGGCAUUGCAGGAGGCCAUGUACUACAGCGCUGAGCACGGCUACGUGGACAUCACGAUGGAGCUGAGGACGCUCGGUGUUCCCUGGAAGCUGCAUGUGUGGAUCGAGUCCCUGAGGACGUCCUUCUCUCAGUCUCGCUACUCCGUGGUCCAGGGGCUGCUGCGGGAUACAUACGGCUCCGAAGGGGGAGCUGUUCCUCACCCAACGGGGACCCUCUUUCAUCCAUGCUCCGCUUUGGCCGAGGAAGACCCUCCUUUAGCCCCAGCCCAAAUGCCCUCCAUCCCUCCUCCUCUGCGGAUUCGAGGUCGGACCCAGGGCCACGGGAUGGUGGUCAGCAAAGUAGCCCAUUUCAGGAUCACAGAGUGGAACCGAGGACACCCUUUGUCUAAGGCUCUGGGUGUCGGGGGACCAGGCAACGUUGGCAGUGAGGAGUGUUCAGGCGUGGACAAAGGCUGCUGGUGGUGGGCUCAGGAACCCAAGCGCCGGCUGGCAGAGCCUCCUGGGCCAAGCGUACUGCUCCUAGCUCAGUCUGGAGCGAACCUGCUUGUCUCGGGAAUGGAGAGCAGAAAGACGCAGGCCCUGCGUUUCUUGGCGGUCCCUAUGAGAUAA